CCCGGGGCAGCGCAGCCGCCGGGCCCGGCCUCGGUGUGCUGAGGGGUCGGUCCAUCGGGACCCGGGGCGCGGCGGGUUUUGAAGUCUAAGGCCUUCUGCACGACGGAGGAUGGAGAAGGAUGCUGAAGAAGGUGGUGUACCUUCUGCGGGAGCAGAGGCUCCUCCCUCUACAGAAGAGGCUGCUCCUCCCCGUUCAGAAGAGGACAAGGCAGCGCGCCCUCCGACAGUGGAGGCUCCGGCAGAAGAUAAUCUCUCUCUUUCCGCAGAAGAUGCUGUUCCUCCUGCGAAGGAUUAUCAGGAUCUCAUUUCUUCUGAAGAAGGGCUAGUUCUUCCAGAUGAUCAUGAGCCGGAUCUGAAUAGAGUUCGACCGAGGCUCGGACCGCGACCGGUUCAAUCAGUGAUUUCGGAAGUGCUGUCCUCCCCGUCUUCCCGGCGGUCCUCCCGAUACCGCCGCAGCAUGAGUGGCAUCCCAAAUCUACAGGAAACAUUAAAAGAGAAACAGGCAAGAUUUAGAGAAGCAAGGGAAAGCCGAAGACUGAAAAUUGACCCUUCAUACAAAUAUAUGUUUGAAAUUCUAGCAGAAAAUCUUGGCCUGGACAUAGUAACUGUUGAAGAAUUAAUUUUGGAUUGCCCAUCUCUGGAAGCAUUUGCUAAGUUUUUUGUGAAAGAUGGUUGUAAGACACUGAAAUUUUUGUACCAAGAAGGAGACGUACCUGGUAUUGAAUGUGGUCGAACUAUUCCUGGAGCAACUAAAGGGGCAAAAAUGAUGAAAUUGUAUAUAGACACUGCAACCCCAGAUAAACUAAAAGGACUGUGUGUGUUUUUUGUUCGUUGUCGUAAUGAUGUUGCCAUAAAUGCUAAAACUAUUCAAGAGGAAGUGCUAUUUACUGUUCUGGAUGCAUCGAAAGGACUCUUAAAUGGAAUUAGGGAUAUGUUGGCAAAAAUAUUUCUACCAGCUGUUCUUGCAACAAACAACUGGGGUGCUUUAAACCAGUCCAACCAGGGAGAAUCUGAAAAACGUAUUUUCACUGAAACCAUCAGCAGAUACCUUUCAUUUUUAGAUGGUGCUAGAAUAAGUAUUGAGGGAACAGUGAAGUUAAAGACAAUAGACAAUAUUGAUUUUUCCAAACUGCACACCUUUGAAGAAGUCACUGCUGCAGCCAGCAAUUCAGAAACUGUUCAUCAGCUAGAGGACGUGUUGAUGAUAUGGUACAAACAGAUCGAACAGGUACUUAUUGAGAGUGAGCAGAUGAGAAAAGAAGCUGAUGAUUCAGGUCCGCUCACUGAACUGGAACACUGGAAACGCAUGUCAGCAAAGUUCAACUAUAUCAUUGAACAGAUUAAAGGGCCAAGUUGUAAGGCUGUCAUAAAUGUGCUAAAUGUUGCACACUCCAAACUUCUAAAGAAUUGGCGUGAUUUGGAUGCAAGAAUCACUGAUACAGCAAAUGAAUCAAAAGAUAAUGUCAGAUAUUUAUAUACUUUGGAAAAAGUGUGCCAGCCUCUCUAUAACCAUGACCUAGUUUCCAUGGCACAUGGGAUACAAAAUUUGAUUAACGCCAUCAGAAUGAUUCACGGUGUGUCAAAGUAUUAUAAUACCUCAGAGAGAAUGACCUCAUUGUUUAUUAAGGUAACUAAUCAGAUGGUGACAGCAUGUAAAGCAUAUAUUACUGAUGGAGGAUUAAAUCAUGUAUGGGAUCAGGAAACACCAGUUGUGCUAAAGAAAAUUCAGGACUGCAUUUUUCUGUUUAAGGAAUAUCAGACAUCUUUUCACAAAACAAGGAGACAGAUUUUAGACUCCUCAGGGGAAAAAUCUUUUGAAGUUUCAGAAAUGUAUAUAUUUGGAAAAUUUGAAGCUUUUUGUAAAAGACUGGAGAAGAUUACAGAAAUGAUAACUGUUGUGCAAACAUAUUCAUCCUUGAGUAAUUCUACCAUAGAAGGAAUAGAUAUUAUGGCAAUAAAAUUCCGAAAUAUAUACCAAGGGGUUAAGAAAAAGCAAUAUGACAUUCUGGAUCCAAGAAGGACAGAAUUUGACACAGAUUUCUUAGAUUUCAUGACAAAAAUCAAUGGUUUAGAGGUACAAAUACAGGCAUUUAUGAACAGUACUUUUGGGAAAAUCUUAUCUUCUCAGCAAGCUCUUCAGCUGCUUCAAAGAUUUCAGAAGCUGAAGAUUCCCUGUCUUCAAUUGGAAAUAAACCACACAAUUGAGCUUAUUCUUCAGUACUAUGUGGCCGAACUUGAUGCUAUCAAGAAGCUUUAUCAUUCUCAGAAAGAUGACCCCCCUCUUGCUCGCAACAUGCCCCCUAUAGCAGGGAAAAUCCUCUGGGUGAGGCAGCUCUACCGCCGGAUAAGUGAGCCCAUCGAUUAUUUCUUUAAAAACUCAGACAUUUUGUCAAGUCCAGAAGGUAAAGCUGUCAUCCGUCAGUAUAACAAGAUCUCGUAUGUGCUGGUGGAAUUCGAAGUGGUCUAUCACACAGCCUGGAUCAGAGAGAUUUCACAGUUACAUUAUGCUUUACAAGCCACGCUUUUUGUUCGACAUCCAGAAACAGGAAAGUUGCUGGUUAAUUUUGAUCCCAAAAUUUUGGAAGUUGUUCGGGAAACUAAGUGCAUGAUAAAAAUGAAGUUGGAUGUACCAGAACAGGCAAAGAGAUUGCUAAAGUUGGAAAGUAAAUUUAAAGCAGACAAACUGUAUUUGCAGGGUCUUCUGCAAAAUUAUGAUGAGUUAUGUCAGGAAGUCCCUUCUGUGUUUGUCAAUCUGAUGACCCCCAAAAUGAAAAAGGUGGAAUCUGUGUUGAGGCAAGGACUCACAGUGUUAACAUGGUCGUCUUUAACACUGGAAAGCUUCUUUCGAGAAGUUGAAUCAGUUUUGGAUAUGUUCAAUCAACUUUUAAAGAAGAUGAAUGGGCGACUUCCUGUGGCUCCAAUCGCCAGCCAAAAGGGUACCCAGACUGGUGUAUUUUGUACGGAGAACCGCUGCUCCGGGUCGCCGACAAAGCAGCCGCAACAGCGGAAACAUGUUGUUUUUGGGAGUGAAACAGAAGAAGGCGAAAGCAAUGACUAUGAAGCUAAUAUUGUGAAUGAGGUUGAUAUUAAUGAUAAAGAAGAUGAAUUUAAAAAGGAAUGUAAAGAGGUCUUUGCUUUUUUCUCUCAUCAAUUACUAGACAGUCUUCAAAAAGCUACACGGUUAUCUCUGGACACAAUGAAAAGAAGAAUAUUUGUUGCAAGCCAUUAUGGACGAAAGCGGUCAGAAGAUACUAUUUCCUUUAUAAAAAGUGAAGUACAUCUUGCAAUUCCUAAUGUGGUAAUGAUUCCUAGUUUGGAUGACAUUCAACAAGCCAUCAACCGUAUGAUCCAGUUAACCCUGGAGGUCAGCAGAGGAGUGGCUCACUGGGGGCAACAGCAAAUCCGUCCCAUCAAGCCUGUCAUUCCCAGCCCCACCACUACUGACCUGACCCAUCAAAGCACAGGGAAACCGUUGAAGAAGGAAGAAAGAUCUUUUGAAGAAGUUAUCCCUGCGAGGAAGCUGAAGAAUUUUUACCCAGGUGUAGCGGAGCACAAGGAUAUUUCUAAGUUGGUCCUGCUCCUUUCCUCCUCUGUAAAUUCCCUAAGAAAGGCGGCUCAUGAAGCCCUGCAGGACUUUCAGAAGUACAAGACUCUCUGGACAGAGGACCGUGAUGUGAAAGUGAAGGAAUUUUUGGCUAACAAUCCCUCUCUGACUGAAAUCAGAUCAGAAAUUCUACACUAUGCUACUUUUGAACAGGAGAUUGAUGAGUUGAAGCCUGUCAUUGUUGUAGGAGCACUUGAAUUACAUACAGAGCCCAUGAAAUUGGCCUUAUCUAUUGAGGCUAAGGCAUGGAAGAUGUUACUCUGUCGAUAUUUGAAUGAGGAAUACAAAAAGAAAAUGUCAGACAUGAUAGCAUUUAUUAAUGAAUACUUGAAAAAGUUGUCUAGACCUAUUCGUGAUUUAGAUGAUGUCAGAUUUGCAAUGGAAGCCUUGUCUUGCAUACGUGAUAAUGAAAUUCAAAUGGACAUGACUUUGGGACCAAUUGAAGAAGCCUAUGCUAUUUUAAACAGAUUUGAAGUUGAAGUAACCAAAGAAGAAUCAGAAGCAGUUGAUACCUUAAGAUAUUCUUUCAACAAAUUGCAGAGCAAAGCUGUUUCUGUACAAGAUGACCUAGUUCAAGUGCAGCCAAAGUUUAAAAGUAAUCUACUUGAGGCUGUGGAAGUUUUUCGUGAGGACGUGAUAAACUUUGCAAAUGAAUAUGAGUUGGAAGGACCCAUGGUUCCAAAUAUACCACCCCAAGAAGCUAGCAACAGGCUACAGAUAUUUCAGGCCAAUUUCGAUGAUCUGUGGAGGAAAUUUGUUACAUAUUCAUCUGGUGAACAGCUUUUUGGAUUGCCUGUGACUGACUAUGAAGUUUUACACAAAACCAGAAAAGAACUCAACUUGCUGCAGAAGCUGUAUGGAUUGUAUGACACCGUAAUGGGCAGUAUUAGUGGUUAUUAUGAAAUACUUUGGGGAGAUGUAGAUAUUGAAAAAAUUAAUGCAGAACUGCAGGAAUUUCAAAACAGAUGUCGUAAACUUCCAAAAGGACUUAAAGAUUGGCAAGCUUUUUUGGAUCUGAAAAAAAGAAUUGAUGAUUUCAGUGAGUCAUGUCCUCUACUGGAAAUGAUGACCAAUAAGGCCAUGAAACAGAGACACUGGGAUAGAAUCUCCGAGUUAACUGGCACCCCAUUUGAUGUGGAAUCUGAUUCUUUUUGCCUUAGAAAUAUCAUGGAAGCACCACUCCUUAAAAACAAGGAUGAUAUUGAGGAUAUUUGCAUAUCUGCCAUUAAGGAGAAGGAUAUCGAAGCCAAGCUGACUCAGGUGAUUGAGAACUGGACCAACCAAAAUCUGAGUUUUGCAGCAUUUAAGGGAAAAGGAGAGCUCCUGCUCAAAGGAACCGAAUCGGGAGAAAUUAUCACUUUGAUGGAGGAUAGUUUAAUGGUCUUAGGGUCCUUACUCAGCAACAGAUACAAUGCUCCAUUUAAAAAAACUAUCCAGAAUUGGGUGUAUAAAUUGUCCACUUCCUCAGAUAUAAUUGAAGAGUGGCUUGUAGUACAGAACCUUUGGGUUUAUCUUGAAGCCGUCUUUGUAGGUGGAGAUAUUGCCAAACAGCUGCCUCAGGAAGCAAAACGUUUUCAGAAUAUUGACAAGUCAUGGAUAAAAAUAAUGCAGCGAGCUCAUGAGAAUCCCAAUGUGAUUAAUUGCUGUGUUGGAGAUGAGACCAUGGGACAACUUUUACCUCAUUUACAUGAGCAGUUGGAAGUGUGCCAGAAGUCACUGACAGGGUAUUUGGAGAAGAAACGAUUACUAUUUCCAAGGUUCUUCUUUGUAUCUGAUCCAGUUCUCUUGGAAAUUCUUGGACAAGCCAGUGAUUCCCACACCAUACAGCCGCAUCUCCCUGCAAUAUCUGACAACAUCAAUGAGGUGACAUUUCAUACAAAAGACUACGAUCGCAUCAUGGCCGUCAUUUCAAGAGAAGGAGAAAAAAUUGUUUUGGAUAAUUCUGUUAUAGCCAAAGGUCCUGUGGAGAUUUGGCUUCUGGAAUUGUUAAAAAUGCAGAUGUCAUCAUUACAUAAUAUAAUUAGAUCCGCUUUCUAUCAAAUCAGUGAUACAGGAUUUCAGCUCUUACCAUUCCUCAGCCACUUUCCAGCACAGGUUGGACUUCUGGGAAUUCAGAUGUUGUGGACACACGAUUCAGAAGAGGCUUUACAUAAUGCAAAAGAUGACAGGAAAAUCAUGCAAAUGACCAAUCAGAAAUUCCUGGAUAUUCUAAAUACUCUCAUUAGUCAGACAACACAUGAUCUCAGCAAGUUUGAUAGAGUGAAAUUCGAAACUCUAAUUACCAUCCAUGUGCAUCAGAGAGAUAUUUUUGAUGACUUGGUAAAAAUGCAUAUCAAAUCAGCUACUGAUUUUGAAUGGCUAAAACAGAGUAGAUUUUAUUUUAAGGAAGAUUUGGAUCAAACUGUGGUGUCUAUUACAGAUGUUGAUUUUAUUUACCAAAAUGAAUUUCUGGGAUGUACUGAUCGCCUCGUUAUCACUCCAUUAACAGAUAGAUGCUACAUCACGUUAGCGCAGGCCUUGGGCAUGAACAUGGGAGGCGCUCCCGCAGGACCUGCCGGCACUGGCAAAACAGAAACCACAAAAGACAUGGGAAGGUGUCUGGGAAAAUAUGUGGUCGUGUUUAAUUGCUCAGAUCAAAUGGAUUUCAGAGGCCUAGGAAGGAUUUUCAAAGGUCUUGCACAGUCAGGUUCCUGGGGCUGUUUUGAUGAGUUUAACAGAAUUGAAUUGCCUGUAUUAUCAGUGGCAGCACAACAAAUUUAUAUUGUUUUGACAGCAAGAAAAGAGAGAAAGAAACAGUUCAUUUUUUCUGAUGGUGAUUGUGUUGAUUUAAAUCCAGAAUUUGGAAUCUUCUUAACAAUGAACCCUGGAUAUGCUGGGCGCCAGGAACUACCAGAAAACCUAAAAAUCCAGUUUAGAACUGUUGCUAUGAUGGUUCCUGAUAGACAGAUCAUUAUGCGAGUUAAACUUGCAAGCUGUGGUUUUCUUGAAAAUGUUAUCUUGGCUCAAAAAUUUUAUGUUCUUUACAAACUCUGUGAAGAGCAACUUACUAAACAGGUUCAUUAUGACUUUGGGUUGAGAAAUAUUCUAUCUGUAUUAAGGACUCUUGGAUCUCAAAAAAGAGCCAGACCAGAAGAUAGUGAAUUAAGCACUGUCAUGAGAGGACUGAGAGAUAUGAACCUUUCUAAACUGGUUGAUGAAGAUGAACCCCUAUUCCUCAGCUUAAUCAAUGACCUGUUUCCAGGACUGCAACUGGAUAGUAGUACUUAUGAGGAACUGCAAGCUGCAGUAGCUAAUCAAGUUCAGAUAGAAGGUUUGAUUAACCAUCCACCCUGGAACCUGAAACUCGUGCAGUUAUAUGAGACGUCUCUGGUACGGCAUGGCUUGAUGACUCUGGGGCCCAGUGGUUCUGGAAAGACAACUGUAAUAACGAUUCUAAUGAAGGCGCAAACGGAAUGUGGAAGGCCUCAUAGAGAAAUGCGAAUGAAUCCAAAAGCCAUUACUGCACCUCAGAUGUUUGGCAGACUGGACACGGCUACCAAUGACUGGACAGAUGGGAUUUUUUCUACUCUGUGGAGAAAAACACUAAAAGCUAAAAAAGGUGAAAACAUUUUCCUCAUUUUAGAUGGUCCUGUGGAUGCCAUCUGGAUUGAGAAUUUAAAUUCUGUGUUGGAUGAUAAUAAAACUCUGACGUUAGCUAAUGGAGAUCGAAUUCCCAUGGCCCCUAGUUGUAAGCUUCUGUUUGAAGUCCACAAUAUUGAGAACGCGUCUCCUGCCACAGUUUCUAGGAUGGGCAUGGUCUAUAUCAGCAGCUCUGCUCUCAGCUGGAGACCAAUAUUACAGGCAUGGUUGAAGAAACGCACUGCACAGGAAGCUGCUAUAUUCCACACACUGUAUGAGAAAGCCUUUGAAGAUACAUACACAUACAUGAAACUAAGUCUCAAUCCCAAAAUGCAGCUCUUGGAGUGCAACUAUAUUGUGCAAUCUCUCAAUCUUCUGGAAGGGUUAAUUCCCUCUAAAGAAGAAGGUGGUGUUUCCUGUGUUGAGCAUCUUCAUAAAUUAUUUGUGUUUGGCCUGAUGUGGAGUUUAGGAGCACUUCUGGAACUGGAAAGCAGAGAAAAGCUGGAAGCCUUCUUACGGCAGCAUGAAAGCAAGUUGGACUUACCAGAAAUACCUAAAGGCUCAAAUCAAACCAUGUAUGAGUUUUAUGUUACUGAUUUUGGUGAUUGGGAGCACUGGAAUAAGAAACUUCAGCCGUAUUAUUAUCCAACUGACAGUGUUCCAGAAUAUGCAUCAAUUUUGGUUCCAAAUGUUGACAAUGUUAGAACAAAUUUUUUGAUAGACACCAUUGCAAAACAACAUAAAGCUGUUUUGCUCACAGGAGAGCAGGGGACUGCAAAAACUGUCAUGGUUAAGGCCUAUUUGAAAAAAUAUGAUCCUGAAAUACAGCUAUCUAAAAGUUUAAACUUUUCAUCUGCCACAGAACCAAUGAUGUUUCAGAGAACAAUUGAAAGCUAUGUGGAUAAGCGGAUGGGAAGCACAUAUGGGCCUCCAGGAGGGAGAAAAAUGACUGUAUUUAUUGAUGAUAUUAAUAUGCCUGUGAUUAAUGAGUGGGGAGAUCAGAUAACUAAUGAGAUUGUGCGACAGAUGAUGGAAAUGGAAGGAAUGUACAGCUUGGACAAGCCUGGAGACUUCACUACUAUUGUUGAUGUGCAGCUCAUAGCAGCAAUGAUCCACCCUGGAGGUGGUCGAAAUGAUAUUCCACAACGUUUAAAAAGACAAUUUACUGUGUUUAAUUGUACAUUGCCUUCAAAUGCUUCAAUAGACAAAAUUUUUGGAAUUAUUGGAUGUGGAUACUUUGAUCCUUGUAGAAGUUUCAAGCCUCAAAUAUGUGAGAUGAUUGUGAAUUUAGUCUCAGUGGGCAGAGUGCUGUGGCAAUGGACUAAGGUGAAGAUGCUGCCAACUCCUUCUAAAUUUCAUUACAUCUUCAAUCUUCGAGAUCUUUCCAGAAUUUGGCAAGGAAUGUUGACCAUAAAAGCUGAGGAGUGCGCUUCAAUCCCUACUCUCCUGUCACUUUUCAAACAUGAGUGCAACAGAGUAAUUGCAGAUAGAUUUAUAACUCCUGAAGAUGAGCAGUGGUUCAAUGCCCAUCUUAUUCGUGCAGUUGAAGAAAAUAUUGGCUCUGAUGCAGCAUCGUGUAUUCUUCCUGAACCAUACUUUGUGGAUUUUCUCCGUGACAUGCCAGAACCAACUGGUGAUGAACCUGAAGACACUCUGUUUGAAGUACCCAAAAUAUAUGAAUUGGUGCCAUCCUUUGACUUUCUGUCUGAGAAACUCCAAUUUUACCAGAGACAGUUCAAUGAACUCAUUAGAGGAACAUCUCUUGAUCUGGUGUUUUUUAAAGAUGCAAUGACUCAUCUUAUUAAGAUUUCGCGAAUAAUUCGAACAUCCUGUGGAAAUGCAUUGCUGGUGGGUGUUGGUGGUUCUGGAAAACAAAGUCUUUCAAGAUUGGCCUCUUUUAUUGCCGGCUAUCAAAUAUUCCAGAUAACGUUAACCAGGUCUUACAAUGUGAAUAAUCUAACAGAUGAUUUAAAAGGUUUGUACAAAGUUGCUGGUGCUGAUGGAAAAGGCAUCACCUUCAUCUUUACUGACAAUGAAAUAAAAGAUGAGGCAUUUCUAGAAUACCUUAACAACUUGCUAUCUUCAGGGGAGAUCUCCAAUUUGUUUGCACGAGAUGAGAUGGAUGAAAUCACCCAAGGUCUGAUUUCAGUGAUGAAGAGGGAGCUGCCUCGCCAUCCUCCUACUUUUGAUAAUCUGUAUGAAUACUUCAUUUCAAGAUCAAAGAAGAACUUACAUGUUGUUCUCUGCUUUUCUCCAGUUGGUGAGAAGUUCCGUGCCCGUUCUUUGAAAUUUCCUGGCUUGAUAUCAGGUUGCACUAUGGACUGGUUCAGCCGCUGGCCGAGGGAGGCUCUGAUUGCGGUGGCCUCCUAUUUCCUUUCUGACUAUAAUAUUGUCUGCUCUAGUGAAAUUAAAAGACAAGUUGUAGAAACAAUGGGCCUGUUUCAUGACAUGGUUUCAGAGAGCUGUGAAAGUUAUUUCCAAAGAUACCGCCGAAGAGCACAUGUGACUCCCAAAUCUUACCUUUCAUUUGUAAAUGGCUAUAAAAACAUUUAUGCUGAAAAGGUGAAAUUCAUUAAUGAACAAGCUGAACGUAUGAAUAUUGGUCUUGAUAAGCUAAUGGAGGCAAGUGAAUCUGUUGCUAAACUCUCUCAGGAUCUUGCAGUAAAGGAGAAGGAAUUGGCAGUGGCUUCCGUAAAAGCAGAUGAAGUAUUAGCAGAAGUCACAGUAAGCGCUCAGGCUUCAGCCAAAAUUAAAAAUGAAGUACAGGAGGUAAAAGACAAAGCCCAAAAAAUUGUGGAUGAAAUUGAUAGUGAAAAAGUAAAAGCUGAGAGCAAACUCGAGGCAGCUAAACCUGCAUUGGAAGAAGCAGAAGCAGCCCUGAAUACUAUCAAGCCAAAUGAUAUUGCCACAGUCAGGAAACUUGCAAAACCACCACAUCUUAUUAUGAGAAUCAUGGACUGUGUUCUGUUGCUAUUUCAAAAGAAAAUUGACCCUGUUACUAUGGAUCCAGAAAAACCUUGCUGCAAGCCAUCAUGGGGAGAGUCAUUGAAGUUGAUGAGUGCAACAGGAUUCCUGUGGAACCUUCAGCAGUUCCCUAAAGACACUAUAAAUGAAGAGACUGUUGAGUUACUACAGCCAUAUUUUAAUAUGGAUGAUUAUACUUUUGAAAGUGCCAAAAAAGUCUGUGGGAAUGUGGCUGGUCUCCUGUCUUGGACACUUGCGAUGGCAAUAUUUUAUGGCAUCAAUAGAGAAGUGUUGCCUCUGAAGGCAAACCUGGCCAAGCAGGAAGGCCGGUUAGCAGUUGCUAAUGCUGAGUUAGGGAAGGCACAAGCCCUGCUGGAUGAGAAACAAGCUGAGCUGGAUAAAGUACAGGCAAAAUUUGAUGCAGCAAUGAAUGAGAAAAUGGAUUUGCUUAAUGAUGCUGAUAUGUGCCGGAAAAAGAUGCAGGCAGCUUCCACUCUUAUUGAUGGCCUGAGUGGAGAAAAAGUCCGAUGGACCCAGCAAAGUAAAGAAUUCAAAGCUCAGAUUAAUAGACUUGUAGGUGAUAUUCUGCUGUGCACGGGAUUCCUUUCCUACCUUGGUCCUUUCAAUCAGAUAUUUAGGAACUAUUUGCUUAAAGAUCAGUGGGAGAUGGAGUUGAGAGCACGGAAAAUUCCUUUCACAGAAAACCUGAAUCUUAUUUCAAUGUUGGUGGAUCCUCCAACUAUUGGUGAGUGGGGGCUGCAGGGAUUACCAGGAGAUGAUCUCUCAAUUCAGAAUGGCAUUAUUGUGACAAAGGCCACCAGAUACCCACUCCUCAUAGACCCACAAACUCAAGGCAAAACUUGGAUUAAAUCAAAGGAAAAAGAAAAUGAUUUGCAGGUGACAUCUCUGAACCAUAAAUAUUUCCGCACACACUUGGAGGACAGCCUUUCCUUGGGCCGACCUCUUCUCAUUGAGGACAUUCGUGAAGAGCUGGAUCCAGCCUUGGAUAAUGUAUUAGAAAAGAAUUUUAUUAAAUCUGGCACGACUUUCAAGGUGAAAGUUGGUGAUAAGGAAUGUGAUAUCAUGGAUACAUUUAAACUUUACAUUACUACAAAGUUACCAAACCCUGCCUUUACCCCAGAGAUUAAUGCUAAAACUUCAGUCAUUGAUUUCACUGUUACAAUGAAAGGACUUGAGAAUCAGUUACUAAGAAGAGUCAUUCUAACAGAGAAACAGGAGUUAGAGUCUGAAAGGGUUAAACUUUUGGAGGAUGUUACUUUUAAUAAGCGGAAGAUGAAAGAACUUGAAGAUAAUCUCCUCUAUAAAUUAAGUGCCACAAAAGGCUCAUUGGUAGAUGACGAAUCUCUCAUUGGUGUCCUUCGAACUACCAAGCAGACAGCAGCUGAGGUAAGUGAAAAGUUGCAUGUGGCUGCAGAAACUGAGAUCAAGAUCAACACGGCUCAGGAGGAGUUCAGGCCUGCAGCCACCCGUGGAAGCAUCCUCUACUUCCUCAUCACAGAGAUGAGCAUGGUCAACAUCAUGUAUCAGACGUCACUGGCCCAGUUCUUGAAGUUAUUUGACCAGUCCAUGGCCAGAUCUGAAAAGUCACCACUACCUCAAAAGAGAAUUACAAAUAUCAUUGAGUAUCUGACAUAUGAAGUUUUUACAUACUCUGUCAGAGGCCUAUAUGAAAACCACAAAUUCCUGUUUGUACUCCUCAUGACCUUAAAGAUUGACCUUCAGAGAGGGACAGUUAAGCACAGAGAAUUUCAAGCUCUGAUUAAAGGGGGAGCAGCUCUGGAUCUGAAAGCCUGCCCUCCCAAACCCUUCCGCUGGAUCCUUGACAUGACUUGGCUGAAUCUUGUGGAGCUGAGUAAACUUCCACAAUUUGCAGAAAUUAUGAACCAGAUAUCUCGUAAUGAGAAGGGGUGGAAAAGCUGGUUUGAUAAAGAUGCUCCAGAGGAGGAAAUUAUCCCUGAUGGAUAUAAUGAUUCACUAGAUACCUGCCGUAAACUUUUACUUAUCAGGUCUUGGUGCCCAGACCGUACUGUUUUUCAAGCAAGAAAGUAUAUUGCAGAUUCUUUGGAGGAGAAGUACACAGAACCAGUUAUCUUAAAUCUGGAGAAAACUUGGGAAGAAAGUGAUACCCGGACACCUCUGAUAUGUUUCCUGUCCAUGGGGUCUGACCCCACCAAUCAAAUUGACGCAUUGGCCAAGAAACUGAAACUGGAAUGUAGAACAAUCUCAAUGGGGCAAGGACAAGAAGUACAUGCUCGGAAGCUGAUUCAGAUGUCAAUGCAGCAGGGUGGUUGGGUGUUACUGCAAAAUUGCCACCUCGGCCUGGAAUUCAUGGAGGAGUUGCUAGAGACGCUUAUUACCACUGAAGCCAGUGAUGAUUCUUUCCGAGUAUGGAUAACUACGGAGCCCCACGAUAGAUUUCCAAUUACAUUGCUUCAGACUUCUCUCAAAUUCACUAAUGAGCCACCCCAAGGUGUACGUGCAGGUUUGAAAAGGACAUUUGCUGGAAUUAAUCAAGACCUUCUGGACAUCAGCAAUUUACCCAUGUGGAAGCCGAUGCUUUACACAGUAGCAUUUUUACACUCCACUGUGCAGGAGCGACGAAAGUUUGGCCCCUUAGGAUGGAAUAUUCCGUACGAAUUCAAUUCUGCUGACUUUUCAGCCAGCGUUCAGUUUAUUCAGAAUCACCUUGAUGAAUGCGAUAUUAAAAAAGGCGUAUCAUGGAAUACGGUUCGGUACAUGAUCGGAGAAGUACAAUAUGGAGGCAGAGUGACAGAUGACUUUGAUAAACGUCUGCUUAAUUGCUUUGCCAGAGUCUGGUUCAGUGAGAAGAUGUUUGAACCGUCAUUCUGCUUUUAUACUGGAUAUAAAAUCCCCGUAUGCAAAACCUUAGACCAGUAUUUUGAAUACAUCCAGUCACUGCCUUCCCUAGAUAACCCUGAAGUCUUUGGGCUUCACCCUAAUGCUGAUAUCACGUUUCAGAGUAACACUGCUUCUGCUGUUCUUGAAACAAUUACCAACAUUCAACCCAAAGAGAGUGGAGGUGGUGUGGGAGAAACCCGGGAAGCCAUUGUUUAUAGAUUAUCUGAAGAUAUGCUGAGUAAACUGCCUCCUGAUUAUGUUCCUCAUGAGGUGAAAUCUCGUUUGAUAAAGAUGGGACAUCUUAAUUCAAUGAACAUAUUUCUUAGACAAGAAAUUGACAGAAUGCAAAGAGUCAUUUCAAUACUCCGCAGUAGCCUGAGUGAUCUAAAAUUGGCCAUUGAAGGAACAAUCAUUAUGAGUGAGAACCUGAGAGAUGCCCUGGACAACAUGUAUGAUGCUCGUAUACCUCAGCUCUGGAAAAGAGUGUCUUGGGAUUCCUCCACACUGGGCUUCUGGUUCACUGAACUUUUGGAAAGAAAUGCUCAGUUUUCUGCAUGGAUAUUUGAAGGGAGGCCUAAUGUGUUUUGGAUGACUGGUUUCUUUAAUCCCCAAGGCUUCCUCACAGCGAUGAGGCAAGAAGUGACCCGUGCCCACAAAGGCUGGGCACUGGACACUGUGACCAUCCACAAUGAAGUUCUGCGACAGACCAAGGAGGAGAUCACGUCACCCCCUGGGGAAGGCGUGUAUAUUUAUGGGCUAUACAUGGAUGGAGCAGCCUGGGACAGACGGAAUGGAAAGCUCACGGAAUCCACCCCCAAGGUGCUCUUCACACUGUUACCUGUGUUGCACAUCUUUGCCAUUAACUCCACGGCACCCAAGGACCCCAAGCUGUAUGUAUGUCCUGUUUACAAGAAACCCAGGCGAACUGACUUGACCUUCAUCACUGUGGUGUAUUUGCGAACAGUGUUGUCCCCGGAUCACUGGAUCCUGAGAGGAGUGGCCCUUUUGUGUGACAUCAAGUAAGUUCAGUUCCAUCUGCUGACGGCACCAGAAGCCACACGGACAGAAGCACGGAUUCCUGUGCUAUUGAGGGACUCGGUGAUGUGUGUGUCUUUUCUCCCCAAUAAUUGCUUAAUUACUCCUUCUAAAUUAAAAAGUUGAUGUUCUAAAA